UCUCAACCCCUCCCGGCCGCCGAACAGCGCCCCAGCCUGCCCCAGCCCCCGUCGAGAAGCGCCAUGGGGAAGGGAGGGCGAAAAGGCGGUAAGGGCGGCAAAGGCAAGGGCAAGGGCCGACGAGAAGGCGAGGACGGUCCCAAGGCGCUGGGCGUGUCCAGCGAGCUUCACACCGCGGCGCGCGAGGGCGACGUGCAGAAGAUCGAAGCGCUGCUCUCGGAUGCCCCGGGGGCCGACGGCGACGGCGGCGUGCGGCCGGUCAACGCUCCGGACCAGCACCGCCGGUCUCCGCUGCACAUGGCCGCCUUCUUCGGAAAGGCCGAAGCGGUGCAGAAGCUCCUGGAGAAGAGUGCCGAUCCCCACUUGCAGGCCAUGGAUGGCUUUCUCCCAUUGCACUUCGCGGCGCAGUCGGGGCAUUUGGAGGUCUUGAAGCUGAUCGUACGACACUUGGGGUCCAAAGGAGAGUUCGGCGUGGUCAAGAAGCACGUGAAUGCCAUCGUGGCCAAAGGGAAGAAGUCGGCGUUGCACUUGGCCCUCCUGAAGGGGCACCAGGACUGCGCGCGUUUCUUGGUGAUGAAAGGUGCCAGUGUCGAGCUGAAGACCUCCCAGGGUCAAGCUGCUUUGGAGAUUUGCACCUCAGAGGAGCUGAAGGAGGAGUUGGCCAGCAAAGCCAAAGUUGCAAAGGAAACGAAUCAGGAGGACAAAGAGGAGAAAGAGAAGCAGAACAAGGAGGUGGACGCAACCGAAGCAGAGGAGCCUGCAGCCAAAAAGCAGAAGACGAUGCCUGCGAUGUCAGGCGCCGUCGCGCCACUGGAAGGCCUCCCAGAAGCACCGGUGCAGCUUGAUGCAUCCGCUGCACCUCCUGGACUUCUAGCUUGUGGCCCCUACUCCCUCGACAAGGUUCAGAUCUCCUUGGAAGGGGAGAAGUCAUACCCCGCAGGUAUUCCUGCGAUGGCAGAUGUGGAGUGGGACCUUUUGACCAAGGAGGAGCCGGAGCGGGUGGAUGGGCCUGUGUUGUGCCUCCGCACGAGAGAAACCACCGGCGGCACGCUGCACUUGAAGAUGUUGAAGUCCAAGAAGAAGCUACUUCAUUAUACUCACUUCUCAGAUGAGGCCCUACUGAUGGACAAGGACUCGAAAUGCAAUGCUUGUGGCUUGAUCCUCUUGCUGGAGACCAGUGAUGGACACCUGCUGAUCCAUCAGAGCGGUGAGCAAACGUGGGAGCUGUGCGCGGGCGAAGUGACCACGUCGGACUUGGCCCAGGCCAUCGCACAGGUUCUGUUGACAGCUUUGCCCAACUCCCAGCAGAAGGACUCUCAAGAUGUCUUGGCCUCGAUGAGGAUCCUGGGGCUCUUGGAUGUCAAGGAAGCACCUCGAGGCCACAGGCAUGAACUCGUGGCGGCUGGCCGCUUACCCUUCGCAGCCUCCAAGGUUGGCGCUUUGGGCGAGGCACCGAAGCUUCGUUUCCUACCCCGGAGCCCGGACAUCCAGGCAUCAGAGGAGGUGGCCACCAUGGCACUGGAGGAUUUCCUGAACGCCACCAGCACUGAGCCACUCCAGCGCGCUGCUGUAGCGCUCCUACGAGCGCUGCGGGCGUGGAAAGCGUAGUGAGCGCUGCGGGCCUGAUCCCUGCAUACUGUAGGAGAGAACUUACGUUGGAGUAAUGACAGCCGUCCGGCCCCUAUAACCGGUGGCUCACGCUGGUUCCGUGGACCGCGCGGACCGGUGGCGGAUCGCGACGGAUGAUGCUCGGACGGGCCGAACGUGGAACACGUGAAGGCCGGCCGUGGAUUGCCG